AUGGGAGGUGGAUGUACAUGUCAAAGCUCAAGUCGUGACAGAAUUAAAAUUCAAAAAGUUGGGAAUUUUAUGAUAAGUAUUUAUGGUAUUUUCUAUAUAGAAAAUAAAACAGUCGGAAAAGGCUGCAAACGAACACUUGCAUGGGAAACUUCAUGCACCCCUGAAGAAGUUCAAAAGAAAAUUGAGGAGUUUUGGGAUACGAGAGUGACUGGAGAUCCUGUUGGCUGAAUAACAUUGAAAAUGGCUUGUGAUGAGCCUGAUGCUAAUGCAGCGCAGCAGAUAAUUCAAUCUGCUGGGAUGAAUUUGUUUGAAGGGUCACUGUCAAUUACAUUUGAUGCGCUUGGAAAUCGGUAUGAUCUCCCUCCUUUUGUAAUCAACCCACCUGUGAAAUAUGGGUUAGGUUAGGCUAUUAAAGUAAGGCGUUUGCCAUAAAAGUGACACAGUCACCAAAGAUCUCUCAUUCGGGAGGCUCAACCACUUUUCGACUCCAGCCCAGAGGUUCUUUACCCCAAAGUGGAUGCCACUUCCAGUACCUUAUGUCUCCUCCUUUCCUUGAGGCUUCAGUCUUGUGUGCUUAUGGAUUUCUUCAGCCCAGCUACAGGCUAUUGAAGAGGCUUGAUUCCAAGGAUCAAAUCCUUGAAGUCUGUCGGAUGCAGAAGUGCCUUCUUUCGAUAGCUACAGGAAAAAGUCUACUGUGGCCUGAACGGAAACCCUCAGCUUCCCGGUAGAGGAAUGUCCAUGGGUCCUCGGAUCUAAAGGACGCUAUUGAGUACCUCCAUUUCCAACCACAGGAAAGCUGCCAAAACUACCCGGAUGCACAUCUCUCGAGCCUGCACUUAAUUCUCGACUCAGAGUCCGUCACAGUUCGCCAUAGCCAUAAGGUCUGUCCUGUUGCGCCAAGAGGGCAGGUUGGCACGCGUCGCCAUUUUUAAUGUAUAUCCUCUGCGGAAUAUGGGACACCUAAAUCUUCACAAUUGAUUUUAGCUGGAAAUGAAGUAUGAGAACUUUCAUUGAGGUGCCCAAAAUUUGAUAAAGAUUUAGUAGCGACUGUAAAUUCUUCUGACAAAGUAGAGAGUCUUAAAAGUUUCUUUGCGGACACCCAUAAAAUUGAGCUAAAGGCUGUAAGGAUGUUUUAUAAUGGAAAAGAGCUUAAGAAUGGAGAUUUAUUAUGCAAUUAUAAGCUUCAAAAUAAAAGUGUCCUGAAUGUUUUUUUGCCAGCUCUAGUGCAAAAUGAAGGGUAA